GGCUGAGCGCCGCGCCGGCACCCUCUCUCUGCCGGCUGCGGCAGCGCCCUGCGAUACCCAUCACUGCGCCUUCUCGUCCUCCUCCCUUUUUUUUGGGUUUUUCCUCCCCCCUCUCUCCUCCCCCACUUCAGAUUUUUGUUUUACAGCGCGCUGAGAGCAGCCUCUCUGCCAUUUACUUGAUUUGCAGGUUUGUUGUAUCUGUUUGGGGGCUUUUUUCCUCCUCCUUUUUUGCUGUCCGGUUCAUUCCGCUCCCGAAUUUUUAUCUAGUUGUAGCAACUUGCUUUUUCUUUUUCUCCUUUUUUUUUUUUUUUUCAUAUUAGUGGUGUUUUUUUCACUAGCGCCUCCCGUGCGUUUUCCGAUUGCGAGCUGCUCUCGCAGCCGAGUUUUUAAGAGCAUUUUGUCUGCAGAUCUCCCCUUUGUUUGCACAGAUCCCCUUUUUAUUUUUUGAAUUUUUUUUCUUGUUGUCGUUCGUUGUUGAGGUCACUUUUUUUUUUUUUUUUUUUUUGUUGGGGGGGGCGCUGUAUUUAAACACUUAAAAUGCACUGCUAUCUCCUGAGCGUGCUCCUCACCGUGGAUCUGGCCACCGUGGCUCUCAGCCUGUCUACCUGCAGCACCCUCGACAUGGAUCAGUUUAUGCGCAAGAGGAUCGAGGCAAUCCGGGGGCAGAUCUUGAGCAAGCUGAAGCUCACCAGCCCCCCGGACGAGUACCCCGAGCCCGAGGAGGUGCCCCCGGAGGUCAUCUCCAUCUACAACAGCACCAGGGACCUGCUGCAGGAAAAAGCCAACCACAGAGCCGCCACUUGCGAGAGGGAGAGGAGCGACGAGGAGUAUUAUGCCAAAGAAGUUUACAAAAUAGACAUGCAGCCUUUUUACCCCGAAAACGCCAUCCCGCCGAGCUAUUACAGCCUUUACUUCCGGAUCGUGCGGUUUGACGUGUCGGCCAUGGAGAAGAACGCCUCCAACCUGGUGAAGGCCGAGUUCCGCGUCUUCCGCCUGCAGAACACCAAGGCGCGCGUCUCGGAGCAGCGGAUAGAGCUGUACCAGGUUUUAAAAUCUAAAGAAUUAUCAUCACCAGGACAGCGCUAUAUUGACAGCAAAGUAGUUAAAACAAGAGCUGAAGGAGAAUGGUUGUCUUUUGAUGUCACUGAGGCUGUACAUGAAUGGCUCCAUCACAGAGACAGGAAUCUUGGAUUUAAGAUAAGCUUACAUUGUCCAUGCUGUACCUUCGUGCCUUCCAAUAAUUACAUCAUCCCAAAUAAAAGUGAGGAGCUUGAAGCAAGAUUUGCAGGUAUUGAUGACUACACAUAUUCCAGUGGUGAUGUGAAAGCUUUAAAGUCCAAUAGGAAAAAAUACAGUGGGAAGACCCCACAUCUUCUGCUAAUGUUGUUACCCUCCUACAGACUUGAGUCGCAACAGCCCAGUCGGCGGAAGAAGCGUGCUCUAGAUGCUGCCUAUUGUUUUAGGAAUGUGCAGGAUAAUUGCUGUCUGCGUCCACUUUAUAUUGACUUCAAGAGGGAUCUUGGCUGGAAAUGGAUUCAUGAACCUAAAGGAUACCAUGCUAAUUUCUGUGCAGGAGCCUGCCCAUAUUUAUGGAGCUCAGAUACUCAGCACAGCAGAGUACUCAGCUUGUAUAACACCAUAAAUCCAGAAGCUUCAGCCUCCCCAUGCUGUGUGUCCCAGGAUUUGGAACCCCUCACCAUCCUCUACUACAUUGGAAAAACACCCAAAAUCGAACAGCUUUCCAACAUGAUUGUCAAGUCUUGCAAGUGCAGCUAAAGGAUAUCCCUGAAACAGCAUGACAUGUGUUUAUAAAAAAUAAAGAUAACCAAGGGAAAAAAGAAAGAGAGAGUGAGAAGGAAAGAAAGAAAAAUAAAAACGCGGAUUCAUCAGUGUUAAAAGGAAAAAAAAGAAGAAAAAAAAAAGCGGUACUAGUCUGAACUGUUUGAAAGUUUGUUUUGUUGUUUUUUUUUUAAACUGGCAUCUGAAGCAAAACAUUGAAGGCUUUUUCCUACAUUUCACCUACACAUAGUGUGAGAUAGACAAGAAGCAAAGUUAAAGAAAAAAAGAAACCUUUUAAAAAAUAAACACUGGAAGAAAUUUGUUAGUGUUACUAUGUGAAAGGAAAAAAACAGGAAAACCCCAUGAAGUGGAGUUGCUGUAUCUGUCCCGUGCCUUACUUGAUCUCUCUGUAUUGUUAUGCAAUAGGCAUCCUACCCAUUCCUCUUAGCUAUAGAGUUAACAGUGCAUUAUUUAUUUGUGUAUAAAAACUAUCAAAUGAACAUUUCUGUAUCACCAUUGGGAAAAUGAAAACCAGCCAAUGUGGACAAGGUGGAGACCAAAUAAGCUGCCAGAAAUACAUAUAAAGCCUAAAGGAACACGAGCUCAAAACAAUCAGAAAAGUAAUGGUUAGUUUAGUUCAAUUAAAAUAGAAAUCAGUUAUUACAUUACUGAGAAACUCUGCCUUUAAAAUACCUUAUUUUUCAUGCCAGCUGCCUAGAGAGACUUCUUGUAAGGUCUCAAACCCUUGUUUUAAAUACUGAAUGAUUUACUAAUAAAGGACACUCUGUUUCAGUCUCAAAGACAAGUCUAUAAGAUUUUUUUUUUUUACUGUAAAUGAUUUAAAAUGUCAGUUUAGUAAACCAGUGAAAUAUUUAACAUUUACUGGUCUAAUCUUCAGACCUUAAUAUGUUGCUGUAUAGCUAUGCUAUGGGAAUUUUUUUGUUCUUUUGGUAUAUGUAACCAUACCUAGAGUAUUACAAUAGGUGGGUAGUAAAAGCCAGCUUAAUUGGAAACAUAUCUGUAGAUCUCUAUUUGUAAACUAUUAAAAAAUUACGUACUUUAUGUGUAAUGUGUAAAUUUUCACCAUAUUUUUGUACUCUGUAAUACUGUCAGCUCUCAUGACUUUGAAUUUGAAUUUGGGGCUCUUUUUGAUCGCUCAGAAUCACGUGUUUCCCUCUAGCUGGCCAGUAUGAGUAGAGUCCCUGUAUUUUGACUUGCACUACAAAUACAUGUUUUAUAAUAAUUGCUAUACA